GCUGGCACAGGGACCGUUGUUUUCCACCAGAAGGAACAGAGGAGUGCGUAAACUGAAAAGGAAAUCGCUUUUGCCUGCUCUUACAGUAGUUUAUCCCAUCACUCCGUAUUCGUCAGGCAAGUUUAGGACGCGUGAGACAGGUCCAGCUUUAUUUUCUUCAGCAUCUGCUGGUGCCAAACGCGAGGAGGAGGAGAGGCGAUGCGCCUUGCGGAGUGAGCAGAGGCUUUUCCUGGACCUCCACAUCUUCUCAUACAGCGAGGGCGAGAGGGAGGCGUGAUCGUGCGGCGCUUUGGAGAGAGUUCGCGGCGAUCUGAUGCGUUGGAGGUGCGCGCAAAAAGCCCGCAGGCGACGCAUCUGUCAAAAAGAGAGCUUUGCGAAGCAGAAACUUUUGAUGGCCAAAUCAAUGGCUCUUUUAGUGCCCCGCGAUUCUGUGCACUUGCUAUGAAGUGAUUUGGAAUGAAGAUCUUAGUUUCUCUCCCGCAUAUAACGGAUCUGACAGACCAUUUCGCGUUGGCACCUCGGAUGGAUUUGCAGGUACAAUAAACAGAGACGUUUGCCAUUGAUAAUAGCGUGCGCAAAAAGUUACAUUUGGCUUCGCCAUCGAAAUGAUUGGGCUUCUGCGUAACUUAAUUCAUUAAUUAGCAUUUUCAAACUCGCUUCAGCUUCAAAAACAAAAGCACAAAAUGAACUUGUACGUCUUGAGUCUCCUUCUGACCUUGGAUUUAGCCACAGUGGCCGUCAGUUUAUCCACAUGCAGCACUCUGGACAUGGAGCAGUUCAAAAAGAAGCGGAUCGAGGCCAUCCGCGGUCAGAUCCUCAGUAAACUCAAGCUGAGCAGUCCUCCGGAGAUCUACCCCGAGCCCGAGGAGGUGUCCCGGGACAUCAUCGCCAUCUAUAACAGCACACGGGACCUGCUGCAGGAGAAAGCCAACGAGCGAGCGGCCACCUGCGAGAGACAGCGCAGCGAGGAGGAGUACUACGCCAAAGAAGUGCACAAGAUAGACAUGCAGCCCUUCUACCCUGCCGAGAAUGUCAUCUCUCCAACACAUUACAACCCGUACUUCAGGAGGCUCAGGUUUGACAUGAGCUCCAUGGAGAAGAACGCCUCGAACCUGGUGAAGGCAGAGCUCAGGAUCUUCAGGCUGCAGAACUCAAAGGCCCGUGUGUCUGAGCAGCGGAUUGAGCUUUACCAGAUUUUAGGUCACAAGGACCUCACGUCCCCCACGCAGCGCUACAUUGACAGCAAGGUGGUGCGCACCCGCACGGAGGGCGAGUGGCUGUCGUUCGACGUGACAGAGGCCGUCAGCGAGUGGCUGCUGCACAGAGACAGAAACAAUGGAUUCAAGAUCAGCCUGCACUGUCCCUGCUGCACAUUUGUGCCGUCAAAUAAUUACAUCAUCCCCAACAAGAGCGAGGAGCUGGAGGCGCGCUUUGCAGGUAUAGAUGACAGCUUUGUGCACGGAGGGGAUCUGAAGAUGUUUAAAAAGCGCCGUCACAGCGGUCAGUCUCCACACCUGCUGCUGAUGCUGCUCCCAUCAUACCGGCUGGAGUCGCAGCACAAGAGCCACAGACAGAAACGCGCUCUGGACGCUGCCUUCUGCUCCAGGAAUGUGCAGGACAACUGCUGUUUACGCUCUCUCUACAUCGACUUCAAGAAGGAUCUGGGCUGGAGGUGGAUCCACGAACCCAAAGGUUAUAACGCCAACUUCUGUGCGGGAGCCUGUCCGUAUCUGUGGAGCGCAGACACCCAACACAGCAACAUCCUUGGCCUCUAUAACACCAUCAAUCCAGAAGCGUCCGCAUCUCCUUGCUGUGUGUCUCAGGAUCUGGAACCCCUCACAAUCCUUUACUACAUCGGAAAAAACCCCAAAAUCGAGCAGCUCUCCAACAUGAUUGUCAAGUCCUGCAAGUGCAGCUAGGAACCGAUCAGCUCCAUUUCCGAGAACACGCAUUCACUCAAACAAACACACAGUAAUUUAAAACCCAAUCACACACGUGCUGCGCAGGGUUUCGAGGUACAACAGAGUAAUUUCUACAAACUCUCACAAACCACAACACACAUCUGAAUGUGUGAACUUGUGCUGGAAACAGCCCUGUCGGCAUGUGUCACAUCACCCGCUCAUCACUCUAUGGAUGUGAGUUUGGCAAACACUGGAAGUACGUGAUCUACAUGUGUCUAUAUGUGAAGCAAGCGGAAGAGAAAAUCCCUUGUUCCAUUCAUUUCAAACCAACACUUCUGUUUUAUUUGUUGUUGUUGGUGUUGUUGAUUUUGUUUCCCUCAGUAAUACGGAUAUUGUUUGUUUGGUAAUAUAUAAAACCCAUGAUAUUGUACACCAAGACUGGUGAAGAGCUGGAAACUUCUGGCGAACAGUUGUCGCAAAUGAACUUCGAGUUUGGCGCAAAUGAAGCGUUUUUGCAUAGGGGUUGGUGACAGAAAGAAAUGAAAUAUUGCGGAAAGUUAAUGCAAGCCUCAGAAAGACAGUUUAAGCCAGCUUACAUGGUAUAAAAUAGGCCAAGACCAAUAAGUCAUGUUGUUCCAAGCAGCCAAAGACGUUUUGUUCCAUUGCAAACAGAAACAUUCUCUACACAAAUACGCAACUGCACACGCAAAUGCUGCAAAGCAAAACCAUUGCAUUUUUGUAUCACUGUGGCAGAAACAAACAGAGUUUCCAUCAAAUAUCUGCACCAUUAAUCCAAAUGUUUUAUUAUGCAGAUAGCUGGAUAUAAACAUGCUCAGAAAGAUUCUCUUCAAACUGUUGCUCUGCCAUGACAGAAAUUGACCUGGAAGAGAAAAGUAUGCUAGUCCACUGUAGCUCCCGUGAGAAUGUAACAUGUACUUGUGAUAUUUAGUUGUGUUUCAGAACUUAACAGCGUGUGAAACUGAGCUUGCAAAGCAAGAAGUAUUUAUGAUUAUGUACGUAUAUGUGGAAGAACUUUAAACGCUUUAUUCUGAAGUUUAAAAAUGUUUGUCUACAAAUGUAUGUCUAGUUAGCUCUUAGGCUACGUUUACACAACAAC